CUCACUCGUAACUCUCUGAUGCACAACUGGAAUCCCAAUUAUUAAUCGUCACGAUGGCCUCCUUCAUCCACACUUUGAGUAUUCUGAAGUACCAGAUUAUCGCCCAAUUAUCCGCCCAGGAUAAAUCCAGUCUUUGCCAGACGUGCAAAGGCCUAUACACCAUAACGCUGCAUUUCUUAUACCACGAUGUCACCAUAACACACGAUAUUAAAGAGACGAAAAAGCCGUCAGGGGUGUCUUCUUUUCUACGAGCGAUACUUAACCGUCCGGCUCUCGUCCAAGAUAUCAAAAGCCUUCACAUUCGCGCCUUGAAUUACGCUCAUCCCCGUUUCAGGGGGUACUACGACCCUUUGACGUAUAUCCCGAUAAAGGAUGAACACCUUCGACGGCUGGUCACUCGCGCGAUCAAGAAGCUGGGUUUACCUUCCCCAAAGGAGUGGGAACUGGCUGUGUCUAAGGAGCAUCAUCUUGACGCCGUCGUGGCUAUCAUCGUGGCACUAUGCACCGAGCUUCAGAGCUUAACGAUCGACGUUGGCUAUUUCUUAUAUGAUCACAAAUGGCUGGUGGAGAUGUUUAAACACGCAGUGUCCGUCUCCAAAGGAUCUAAGGCCCCGGCAAUGUUUCAAAGCCUGACUCAUUUUACGAUUGCCAACCCCGGCGAUGAGGAAGGCCGGGUGCAGCCGCCGAAAGAUAUCUACCUACUCUCCUUCUAUCUACCCAAAAUCAAGGCUCUGUCGCUCAGUUGCCUUCCCAGCCAUCGAACCAACCGUCGCGACCGAACAAACAAAUAUCAUGCCUGGCCGCUCCCAGAUGCCCCAAAAGCGACCAGUCUCGCCUCUUUGGAGGUGGUCAACUCGUCUUCAAACGCGGAUACUAUGGAGAUGAUGCUCAAGCAAACCCCGAAUCUAGAGUCGUUACUCUACGCCUGCGAUCUGCCGUCAUCCGAGUAUCGGUUUGAGCUUGUUGAAUUCCGAACAGGAUUACAACACGUUCACAACACACUCUCUCACCUUUCAUUCAAACUGGAAUUCUUUGCAGACGAGGCUCUGGACGUUACCAGCAUGAGUGAUGUGCUUACAGGAAACCUCGCACCGCUCGGAGAUUUCCCCAAACUUCACGAGCUAGAGGUUCCCUUGACUACACUCUAUGGCCACACACUUCCUCACGACUGGCCACCACUAGCUGCCCUCCUACCAUCGGGACUCAGAAGUUUAAUCAUCCGAGAUGAUCUGCUUGAUUACGAUAGCUUCCAUCGCUGGAAUGGGCGCGCCAUCACGGGAGCCUUGCUGCAAUUUUUCAACGACACUUGGAAAUCAGCAACCCCGCACUUAGAAGAGGUGGUACUCAAUCUCAAGGCUUUCUCUUUGCCCCUGGAGGACGUCAUGGAGGAACUCGGAAGAGGGCCACGCUGUGAUGCAUGGAAGGAUGUAGAACAUAUGUGCGAAAAGCAGGGCCUUCGGUGGCUUGUUCGGCAGGAAGACGGGGGUUACAGAGGGGGUGUCAUGGACUCUGCUAGCGACUACUCAGGAGAGAACACAGGGUGGUUACCGUAUGACUAAACAGCAUCACAAAAAGUUUUAACUAAAAUCAUGAACCAAUACUGCUGAUAGCUAAUGUCAAUUGCUAUUACUGACACCGAGCAGGCUGACGUCAGCUUUUGUUCAUGG